UUUAUUUACACUCGAAUUGGUGAUAAACUAUAUACAGUGGUUUCGCCAACAGGCGUGUUAAGGAGAAGCAGACAAGAAGGGAAUCAAGGAAGAUAAUACCGAGAAGUAAUGGAGACUGUGACAGGUUACCGCGAUCCCCUGAUAGAUUUCUGUGACGCGAUGUCCCGCUGGUUUUGCUGUUACCGGGCCGCGGUGUGUGGCCGGACAAAAGAAGAGAGCAGGGGUGCUGACGGUAACGUGAAGCGAUGCCCCCGCCUCCCGGUGGAUCAGGCCAGUCCUCAUUGGUUCCUUCAUGUGCUAGACUGCAGCCCCGUCUCCGCCAAGGUCAAACCAUGGCUCAGCUUGGCCAGUCUAGACCAAUCAGAUCUAGCAGAGUGUACGGUACAGCGCCUCUUCCUGGUGACAGACAGUGCUGGAGUCCCCCUGGGAUUUGACCUCCUGGAGGGAGGAACCAAAGGAAACGUGCCUGUGCUGAGGAUUGUGGGAUUGCUAAGGCAAUGUAUGGAGGCACCCCUGGGUAGAGGUGGAGCCAGGAGACCUCUGACACUCACCGUGGGUGACAGACAGAUACACAGGAUCCUCUCUGGCAAUGCCCUCUCGGCCCUGGGAGUGGAGCUGUCCAAGCAGUGUUUCACAGGCUGGGCACCGAAGGAAGGGUUCGCCCUGCGCUGGCCCCCAAUACGCCACUGCCACGUGUGUAAGAAACAUGCCUUUGAGGCCCCACUGAGACCCUGCCCCAAAUGUCAGGCAGUGCUGUACUGCUCAGAGCAGUGUGUCCAAGCGGACUGGUCCAAGAGCCCAGCUGAUGUCAGUCACCAGCACUGCUGCCCCCUGCUGGGCAAGUUCAUGUCGCACUGUAGUCAGCUGGCUGAUAUGCCUUUCACUUACUCUGCAGAAACAACAUCACCAGACUUUGAUGUGGAGCACUUCCUGUCAUCUAGAGGCUUGAAUAGUGGGUACUGGCUGCAGCAGAGCAUGCUGGUCCAUUCUGCCUUCCAGGAAGUGGAGCCAGUAAGGAAGCAGCCCAGAGAGAGCUCCCCAGCAGAGCUUGCAGCUCCCAGGCAGCCCUUUGGUCCCUUACAGGAGUCAGAGAUGAUGCUCAGCUGCUCUCCCCCUACUGCUCCCAGCUUAAACACCCCUCUGGUGUCCUGGCUGCAGUAUUACAAGUGGCGUGGGUUCGAUCUCUCCUCUCCAGUGGCAGUCCUGCUCAGCUGUCCUCUCACUAUUUAUUACAUCAUCACCUCACUGGUGCCUCGUAACUUCCCAGAGCUGAAUAUCCUGAAGAAGCAGUCACUGAAGAUCCACAUCAUUGAGAGUGAGAGGGAGUUCAAUAUGCUGCUUACCUUCUGGGAGCUGUCUGACCUUCUCCCUCAUGUGACCUUUGAACUCCUGUUCGUGGGGGAGAAGCUCCCCAAAGACUAUGAUGAGCAGCAGCUUCUACUGCAGAGGAAGGAUGGUCAUGUGACCCUGGAGAGCCCUAGCAUGGCAUCGGAGGAGAAGACAGAUAAGAAAAGCAUCCGGGUCAGAAUUUGCUCCCGGGCAUAUCACUUGUUUCAAGGUCCCAAACCCAACCUGGUGAUUGGUUUCAGGUCAGGGUUUGGUCUUGGUGACUCUUGGCUCAGCACUCUGCCAAGGCUGCAGGCUCUGAAGGUGCCAGCCUAUUUCUGUGAGCCCAGUGAGGUGAGCUGUGUGUCCAGCCAGCAGGUCAUGAGCACUGCAACAGGAGGGUCAUUGUCUCCUCCGACACUCAAUCCCUUCCACUGCCCCUUGCGCAUUACCAGCAGAGACAGCUACCUGCCCUGCUACUCCAACGCGUUCGUUUUCCACCUCAUCUACAAGCCCUCGCCCGCCGCCAAGAGAGACCAUGCAGCUGCAGCUCCGGAGCGCCCCCUGUUGCCACACGUCAACGCUGCCUGCCUGCCCUCAGCCAGCCCCAGUGGGGCCCUGCAGGAGGACGUGUCCAAGGACGGCAGGGUGAAGCUCAGCCGCAAGGAGAGGAAACAGGCGGCCCGCAACACGUCUCGCCGCAGAAAGUAACCAAUUACACCGACUGCCAUCAGCUCGUGCGCUAACUACUGAAUAUAAAUAAGAACAGAGGGGAAAAUGUGUUCCUCUGUGGCUAUUUGCCAGCUAUGAAUAAAUAAUAUCUGUAAACCUGCA